CUGGCUAAAAACCCUCCUUCUCCUCUCUCUCUCCGACUCCUCUGCUGCUGCUAGGCUUAAGGCCCGGUUGGGAGGGAAGUCAGGCGCCACGGCGAAGACGACCACCGGGCGGCGCCGGCGAGGUGGAGCAUCUAGCUAAGUGAUGGAGGAGGACCCAUCGGUCCCUGAAGGUGCCAUCCAGAGCAUUAAGCUUAGCCUAUCCAGCGAGCAUGAGAUACGUACGUAUUCUACAAAUGACUGUCCUGUUACUCAACCAAAACAGCUUAGGGAUUCUUUCCUUGGCUUACCACUCGAAACAGGAGAAUGCAACUCAUGUGGUGCCUCUGAAAAUGGCAAAUGCGAAGGGCAUUUUGGGUACAUUGAGCUGCCUGUACCUGUAUAUCAUCCUUGUCAUGUUAGUGAACUUAGGCAACUACUGAGCUUGCUAUGUUUGAAGUGCCUUUGUAUCAAGAAAGGAAAGGUUAAGAAGAGCAAUGGAAAGGAAAAUGUGUCGGCAUGUGACUGUCAGGUACUUGUGAACUCUAAUAAAUUCUUCUUAUGCCCUGAAUUUGAUAGAUGCAGUACUUUACUGUUGGACUAUAGCACUGCGUAUAUACUCAAGCAGAAGCCAAGUAAUCGUCCAAUUUAUAUAGAUUAAUCACUGGUCUUUUACUUAAACAAAAGUCCGGUAGGCGAGCAUAUCGCACACCGCUUGUUUUAUAGUGUUGGCUUGGUAAUCUCAAGUAUGAUUUCAGGUUCCUUGUUCUUUUGUCUUUUCAGUUUAUAGUGAAUGCACAUAGGUGCUAAUUGAUUGGGAGGUUCUUUUCUCUAGAGAAAUAGAAUAUCAUAAUAGUGUACUUGAUUCAGUUUUAUUUUGGUAUGUGAUAUGUUGUCAGCGG